UUGGAUUUCAUUCGUUGUGAAAAUGGCGGACGAAGUGCAGCUGGCUCAGACAGCCAAGCCGGACGGAGACACGAUUUUUGGGAAAAUCUUGAGGAAAGAGAUUCCUUGCACGUUCAUCUACGAAGAUGAUUUAUGUGUGGCGUUUGAUGAUGUGAACCCGCAAGCCCCAGUACAUUUCCUGGUAAUCCCCAAGAAACCAAUCGCUCAGCUAUCAAAGGCUGAAGAUGAAGAUGGUUCUCUCUUGGGGCACCUUUUACUGACAGCCCGCAAAGUUGCUGAGAAAAGGAAUCUCAAAGAUGGAUUCAGGAUUGUCAUCAAUGAUGGUUCCAUUGGAGCACAAUCAGUCUAUCAUCUGCACAUUCAUGUCCUGUCUGGACGUCAACUCCAAUGGCCUCCAGGAUAAGAAAUCCAAUAAUAUGCUAAUACCAUGUGAUAAAUCCUUAUUGCAUGGGUGAAAAUAUAUAAAUUAUCUCAA